AAAUCUUUCCUGCACGAAUCGCGGGGUCAGUGAUAGUGUGGCAACAAAUCCGAUAGGCGCAAGUUAGCUCGAACGAGUUACUGUUUUUCCUUCCUAGAUUUCAUUGAAAGAGAGUGAGAGGCCUUUUCAGCUUCUCUGUCUUGCGACUCUUGUACCAUUGUAAGAUGGCCGGGAAGGCUGCAACGGCUCCAUCGACGUAUGCGCCGUCUCCGACUCAGAAAGCAAGACAACGCAUCUUCAAAGAUGUCGACUGGGUUCGUCCAGAUGGUCGAGGCUUUCAACAGUGCAGACCGGCCUUUUUGAAGACUGGUGCUGUAAAUUCUGCUUCUGGAUCUGCUUAUGCUGAGUUCGGGAAUACCAAGGUCAUUGUCUCUGUAUUUGGUCCGAGGGAAAGUAAAAAAGCAAUGCUGUACAGUGAUGUGGGCAGGCUCAAUUGUAAUGUCAGCUAUACGACUUUUGCCAAUCCAGUUCGUGGGCAGGGAUCAGACCACAAAGAAUUUUCGUCCAUGCUUCAUAAAGCAUUGGAGGGUGCUAUAAUACUGGAAACUUUCCCAAAGACAACUGUGGAUGUUUUUGCAUUGGUAUUGGAAUCUGGUGGAAGUGAUCUUCCAGUCGUGAUAUCAUGCGCAAGUCUUGCUCUUGCAGAUGCAGGGAUUAUGAUGUAUGACCUGGUUACAUCAGUUUCUGUGUCAUGUCUUGGGAAAAAUCUUGUCAUCGAUCCCAUAUCAGAAGAGGAAAGUUUUCAAGAUGGAAGCCUAAUGAUUGCAUGUUUGCCCUCUCGUAAUGAGGUCACUCAGCUUACCCUCACUGGAGAAUGGUCAACCCCAAAGAUUCACGAGGCUGUGGAGCUUUGCCUUGAUGCUUGCUCAAAGCUUGGGGAGAUAAUGAGAUCAUGUUUAAAAGAAGCUGCACCUAUGUCAAAGGAAUAGAUUUUGUUAGAAGACAAAAUCCAAAUUGGAUUGUUUUCUUGAGAUGACAGAUUCAGCUACCUUUGUUAGGAAUAUGUCAGGUUCUCUUUUGUAAAAAUUUCCAAAUACCAGAUGAGUCACAUAAUUAUUUUUGUUCUUUCUACAGCCCUUUUUAUGUUAAUUUAAACUGCAACUGUCUUUACCUA